GAGAUCGAUCAAAUAUAGCGACGACAAUUGGCCAGCAGCUCCAUCAUUCCGAUCCAUCGAGGAUUAAGUUAGCUAGGAGGCAGCAAUUAAUUAGUUUGUUCCGUAUAUAUAUAUAUAAGUUGAUUCUAGCUCCAGUAUGCCUGAGAAGAAGAUAGUGCUGAAGGUGAUCAUCAUGUGCAACAAGUGCAAGGUGAGCGUGAUGCGCACCGUCGUCAAGUUCGACGGCGUCACGUCGGUGGCGUUAGACGUGGAGAAGAGCACGGUCACGAUCGUUGGCACCGUUGACGCUGUGCUCAUCGUGAAGGCCCUCCGGAAGGCCAAGAAGCAAGCGGAGAUCGUCACGGUGGAGAAGCCAGACAAGAAGGACGAGAAGAAGUCGGAGUCAAGCAAAGAUCUGCCGCCGUGCUGCGGGGCCUGCGCUUACGUGGUGCACGAUGAUUACCAGCCAAAUCUAUGCAUCAUUACACAAUAAUCAAUUGAU